AUGACGGUGUUCUUCGACUGGCUCGACUACCUAGUGUUCGGGGCAAUGCUGCUCUGCUCAGCCCUCAUCGGCGUCUACUUCGCCUUCUUCGCGGCGAAGAAGCAGAACACGACGGCCGAGUACCUCAUGGGCGGGAAGACGAUGGGCAUGUUCCCGAUAUCCAUGUCGCUCAUCGCCAGUUACAUAUCGGGCAUCUCGUUGCUGGGCCUACCUGCUGAGAUGUAUACGUACGGCACUCAGCUCUGGACCAUCGUGCUGUCCGAAUGGGCGGUCUCGGCGACCAUCGCGGUGGUAUAUCUGCCCGUGUUCUACAACCUUCAGAUCACUUCCACUUAUGAGUAUUUACGUCUCAGGUUCAACCAGAAAGUACGACUGCUGGGCUCAAUCAUCUUCAUCAUCAAGAUGAUGCUGUACAUCCCGAUCGUGAUUUACGUCCCUGCUCUGGCGUUUAGUCAAGUGACGGGGAUCAACCUGCACAUGAUAACGCCCAUUGUGUGCGUAGUGUGUAUCUUCUACACGACACUAGGUGGUCUGAAGGCCGUUGUGUGGACCGAUACUCUGCAAACGGUCAUCAUGUACUUCGGAGUGGUGUUCGUGCUCGCUUACGGCACCUGGCGCCUCGGCGGCGUCGGCGACGUACUAAGGGUCAACAAGGAGGGCCAGCGGCUCGAGUUUUUCAAUAUGGACCCGGACCCGACGAUCCGUCAUAGCUUCUGGUCCACCGUGUUCGGAAACUACUUCAGUUGGCUGGCGUCGUGCUCUGUCAACCAAGCGAUGGUGCAACGGUGCCUGGCGCUCUCCUCCUUGAAACGAGCGAGAAUAACAAUAUUCAUCAUGGCUGCCGGUAUUUUCAUCAUCGUCUCACUGUGUUGCUACACUGGCCUCGUGAUCUACGCCACAUUCGAGAGCUGCGAUCCGCUCUCCACUGGAGCGAUCCGCAAGAGUGACCAGCUGCUGCCCUACUUCGUGAUGACUAUUACCGGUUCGAUUCCAGCGCUGCCUGGAAUAUUCAUGAGUGGGGUCUUCAGUGCCGCCCUAAGUUCCAUGUCCACUGGGCUGAACUCCAUGUGCGGCGUUAUCUUCGAAGACCUGAUAAGGCCUGCGUGCAACAUGCCCAUCUCCGAGAGGACCGCCAGUUUCAUCAUGAAAAUCAUCGUUGUCGUAGUAGGGGCGGUGUGCGUGGCGCUGGUGUUUCUGGUGGAGCACAUGGGGGCUCUCAUUCAGGCGGGGAAGAGCCUCGCCGGGAUAACUGCUGGCAGUCUGCUGGGGAUGUUC